CCUAGGAAAGCCAAGCAGAAGAAAACUGUAUACACUUCGGACUGGUAUAUACUCACGCAGUGACACACUAUACAAAACACACGUGUUUACAAACCACCGAGUAGGCAUCUACUAUCAGAACUUACUGCAUACUAACUUAUUCCCAUUAGAUUGUAAACACAUAGCAAAAAUCCAUAUAAAAUACAUACACUAGUAUGUAGAUGUAAAGUCUACUGUAUCUGAAAGUAACACAGAAACGCAUAUAGAGACUUGUGCACAAAAAUCACAUUUUAUUAUUACCUGUAACACUUAUUCACCUGACUUUAUGGGAUCAGAAGAGGACUUACGGAAGAUUGGUAGGCGACUGGAGAAGAGAAUCAGUGAUCAGAACAUGGAUCGAAUUCUGGAUCUCCUAAAGGAACUGCAGAGAUUUCCUGUGACAGUCCCCCUUCUUCGGAUCACAAAGAUUGGGGUCACUGUAAACAAGUUAAAGAAACACAACAAGGACCACCACAUUGUAGAACUUGCCAAGGUCAUCAUCAGGGAUUGGAAGAAACUACUCGAAUCCUCAUACAAGAGUAAUGGUACUUCUGUUCCUGUGGUCGGGCAGUUUCUUGAUAAGACUGAGCCUCCAAGCAGGCAUCCUUCAUCUGCACAUAAGAAGCCACAUCCUACCAACGAAAGUGCUUCUUCUGAUGUCCCUCGGUCCCCAAGCCUGCAAUCUCCUGUAAAGGAGCCAAAGCAAAAAAAGGAAUACUCCAAAUUGAAUUCUCCAUCUCUGACAGAGCAGGCAACUACGAAGGAAACAAAGCUAAAAAGGGAAUACCCUGAAUUGAAUUCUCCAUCCAUGACACAGCAUGCAACCGCUAAGGAAACAAAGCUUAAAAGGAGUCAUUCUACUGAUGUUCAGUCUUCAUCUCAUACUUCCAAGAAGUCAGAAAGGAGGUUGUCUCUGAAUGCCUCACCAUCAUCUGCCUCCAGUAAAAGUUUUACCACCCACAAAGAAGAAAGAAGAACCUCUGUUAGUAGUCCAACAACCAAUGUUCGGAAUGGAUCCAGCAAACCCUCCACACAUACCAAAGAAGAAAGGUCAAGUGAUGCAUUGGGAAGCUCCCCUACUUGUGGCAGUCCUCCUUCGUCUGUACUUCUACAUCCCUCUUAUGUGACAGGAAACUCUGUUAGGGACAAGUGUGUGGAGAUGGUGGCAGCUGCUCUGAGGACUGAUGGUGACUAUAUAGAGUAUGAAGCAAACUGUGACAGGCUUGCAUGGGAGAUAGAAGAAUUUGUAUAUAGAGAAAUAAAGGCUACAGAUAUGAAAUACAGAAACAGAAUUCGGAGUCGGAUUAGUAAUUUAAAGGAUCCAAAGAAUCCAUCUCUGAGACGAAAUGUCCUGUGUGGCACUGUAUCGACACAGAAUAUUGCAACAAUGACAGCUGAGGCUAUGGCAAGUGAAGAGCUGAAGGAGCUCAGGAAUACGCUGACACAAGUAGCCAUUAGAGAACAUCAGAUGGCAAAGACUGGAGGAACUCAGACAGACUUGCUUCAAUGUGAUAAGUGCAAGAAGAAAAAUUGCUCCUACAACCAGGUGCAGACACGCAGUGCAGAUGAGCCAAUGACAACUUUUGUACUUUGCAAUGAGUGUGGCCACCGCUGGAAGUUUUGCUGAUCGAUUACCUCUGUUACAGCCACGUAGUUCUGUGAUCUACAGUGACUCCAGAGUCAACAUCGUCUUCCACUGUCUUUGUGAUUGUGUCUUGGAGGCUGGCCAUAAAUGUGCUUAUCCUCACUUGAGUAGACUGAACAUCAGGACCCUCCACAAUUGUUGCUCAGUGUCUAGAAAGGUCUUCUCUGAUCUGGCAACUGAUACAAUAAUAAGCACCAACGACAUCCUACUUGUUUUCACCUUUAGCACAUUAAAUUGGCCUAAUAACUGCAAGCAUGCACAAAAUUGCCCCAAAGCAUUGCUUGCUUAUUUGAGCCAUUUAUGGGCAGCCUUGCGUUAUGUAUUUGGUAGAGUAUAUUUCUUGUAUUUUAUAUUGCUUUCUUACAGAAAAUAAUUAGAGAAUAUACCUUUGGGUAAAUGCCUUAUCUAAAAUGUUCAGAUAACAUUUUUGAAUUUAACACAAAUAAGAAUGAUUAAUGAGUAUAUGCCUGCCAGUCAUGUAGAGCUGGAGAGAGGUACUACCAGUUCUUUAGAGCCACUAUCUCCUGCAAACAGAAAACGUAUCCAACUACAAAAGUUACGUUUGCCAAAUGGAUCUCGUUCUUCAGUGCUAGAAGCGCACUGAAACCACUGUGUAGUAGUCAAUAGUGUUGGCAUUGGUCUUUAAUCACCAAGGACAUUUUAAUUAAUAUCUUGUUUCCUUUUUAUUUUUUUGCAGAGCUGAGGCAGAAAUAUUUUACAGACAAAUAUAGCGCUUUUUCUUCUUUAAGCUAUGAACUGAUGACCCACCUUUACAUAGCCUCAUUUUUUGUUCUGAAAUAAUAAUAUUGGGGUUGAUUUACUAAAACUGGAG